GUCUUGAAAUAUACUAUGGUAGCUCGAGUUUGGAGCCGUGGCAUUCUUUUCGAUUGGGUAACCUAGUUACCUAGUUCUUGCUGUUUGGGAUGCUGCAGGAAAUGAGUUGAUUAUCUUUUUGGCUGACCAGAAGGAACCCUACUUUAAGCCCCGUGUUAAGUUACCAAUGAAAUCUCUCGGUGUUACCAUAACCAGUGUAGUUCCUGGAGAUUAUGAUGGUGAUUCACAAAUGGAUGUCCUCCUGACUACCUGGGCACAAAAUCAUGGCAAAGAUGAACUUUCAGUGUUUAUUUUCUGGGGGCACAACCAAACAUUAGAUCUUAACCAUAAAACUAUGUUAAAUAAGACUUUUCGUGAUGAGCCUCUAGUAAUGGACUUUAAUGGAGACUUGAUUCCUGAUGUCUUUGGUGUCACAAGUGAUUCAAGUAAGCCACAGAUAUUGAUAGGCGGGAACUUAUCAUGGCAUGCUGCAUUGGAAACUCAAAGUAAAAUGUAUAUACCGCACUCUCAUGCAUUUAUAGAUUUAAAUAAUGACUUCACUGCUGAUUUGUUCCUUACUACAUCACCAAAUUCACAAAGCAUUGAGUUUGAGACAUGGGUUAAUAAGGAUGGGAACUUCUCUAAAACUGAAAAAAGUAAGAAAACUCCUAGUGGUGCCAAAGUUGUUGGGCAGUCCGUGUUUGCAGAUUUUGAUGGGGACGGACAAAGUGAACAUUUAUUACCAGUCUGUGAAGAUACAGCAUGUCAAAAAAGUGCCAUUUACUUAACUAAGCUCGGAUUGGAUCAGUGGAUUCCAGUCUUGCAAGACUUCAGAAAUAAAGACACACUCUGGGGCUUUGUAUCAUAUCAAAAUGACAAAUCUUCAACGGAAAUUUCAUUUCCAAUUACACUUCAUAUUGGAGAUUACAAUAUGGAUGGCUACCCAGAUGCUCUUGCUAUACUAAAGAACACAUCUGGAAGAAAUCAGCAAGCAUUUUUACUAGAAAAUGUCCCGUGCAAUAAUGUAAGCUGCAAGAGUGUACGUCGUAUGUUUAAAGUUUUUUGGGAGCUCUCUGAUCUAAAUCAAAUCAAGGAUGCAGUGGUAGCAACCUUCUUUGACAUAUAUGAAGACGGAAUCUUGGAUAUCAUUGUACUAAGCAAGGGCUACUCCAACAAGGACUUUGCUAUCCAUACAUUAAAAAAUAACUUUGAGGCAGAUGCCUAUUUUGUUAAAGUUAUUGUUCUCAGUGGCCUCUGUUCUAAUGACUGUCCUCGGAAAAUAACACCUUUUGGUGUUAAUCAGCCUGGUCCUUACAUCAUGUACACUACUGUAGAUGCAAAUGGAUAUCUGAAAAAUGGUUCAGCUGGACAGCUUAGCCAGUCAGCACAUUUUGCUCUCCAGUUGCCAUACAAUGUGCUGGGUUUGGGACGUAGUGCUAAUUUCCUCGACCAUUUGUAUGUUGGCAUUCCUCGUCCUUUAGGAGAAAAGGCCAUAAGAAGACAAGAAUGGACAGCUAUCAUACCGAACUCCCAGCUUAUAGUUAUCCCCUAUCCUCACAAUGUUCCUCGAAGCUGGAGUGCCAAGCUGUAUCUGACCCCAAGUAACAUUGUGCUGCUAACAGCUAUAGCCUUAAUUGGUGUCUGCGUUUUCAUCCUGGCAAUAAUUGGCAUAUUACACUGGCAAGAAAAGAAAGCAGAUGACAGAGAGAAGCGACAGGAGGCUCAUCGGUUCCAUUUUGAUGCUAUGUGACAUGCCUUAAUAUUUAUGAAGGAGCUGCUAUUCAUUUGCUUAAUUGAAAUACUAAAUUCUGAUCUGUAAAAUGAUUACCGUGAAAAUACUGCUGGUGUGCUAUUUGUAAAUGUUGCGUUAUUUGAUAUUUAUUUGGAAAGUAUUAAAAUUAGACCUGAAUGUCUCAUAAGGCCUUUCAUUUAACAGACUGUAUAUAAUAGCAUUCGGUCUUUAUUUAACAGAACUGUAAAAUAAUUUUUCUUAGUAAAGGGAUGAAAUUGCAUGUACCAUUGUUUAUGUACCACCAAUUCUUUAGUAAUAUUUGAUAGAAAGAAAGUUGUGUAAAUAAAGUUUAGCAUUUCAGCAAGCAGAAUACUUUGUACCACUUGAAUUGGUCUUGUCAUUUAUACAUUCCUGCAAAAUAACCUGCAUUUCUGAAAAUUAAGCUUGAGCAAUUUCUCAGAUAACUUGAUCAUUAAUUAUUCUGAAUGUACUAAAUGGUGCUUAACCUAUUCUGUAUUUUUCUUUGUUUAAAUCCAUAUGUGCAAUGGUUAAAGAAUUUAGGAACUGGAGAACUAAAAAGAAACCUGCAAUGUUAAUGCUAGUUCGGUAGCUCAUCAUGGGAUAGAUGCAGUAUUUAUGUGUGUUAGUUCUAGAGAGAAGACAACACAUUAAAAAAUUAAGGUCAUAAAAAUGUAUCAGCAUUACAUAAACUGCUUUUAUAAUUCAACUAUAACCACAUUUAUUUUAGAAAGGUCUAAAGUCGUUAUGAAAGUAACUUUCUUUUUUUUACUUACAAGAAAGGUAUGGGAUUUUUUUGUUUGGUUUUGUUUUUAACGAAUUUCAAAGAAACAUUUUGGAGUGGAAGGAGAAGGAAUGAAGACUGACUCCCUGAAAUUUAUUGCUAAGGGAUGAGAUACACAAAAAUUAAAUUAAGAGUAUAAUAGGACACUCAGAAUAAGCAAUGUACGUUAUCUAUGUACACUACUAUGCCCAAAUUUCAUAAGGCUGUGAUAAUUACAUAAGACGAGUAGCUCAACUUUCUGUAUUUAAAAUGGUGAUAAUGUUGCUCAGUGUACUUUGGAUCCUGGAAGAGUCUCUAAAAAUAAUCGUGCUUUUAUUUAAUAGCUGUUCCUUAGUGAUAUGAGUCUACACAAUUAAUUGUGCAUUUAAAUCUGUCAGCUUGCAUCCUAAUAAAUCCUGUUUGAUAAACUAGAAUGUACUUUCUCAACAAAUACGAAGUGUUGGUCUUGCAGGCAAUCACCUCUGCAGUAGGUAUCUAUCUCCUCCGGUCUGGCACUUGUCCUGUAACCUGCUGUCCUAUAACACUACCUUUGCUUGAUGCUACAGGAGCAGAAAAGAGAGAGCACAUACAAAGCUGAAGUGAUUACGUCCACCCUGAAUCACAGUCAAACAAUUUGCUACCAUGGCAGUGCUGAACAGUGACCCAUUCAUACAGCAGCACCGAGCCAAAAAUCAGAAAAGUACUGAUAAGCAGUCUACUAAGCUGUGAAGUUUUACUAGAUAUUUCUAAUAUGAACUGAUCAGAUUCCAACAAAGGAGACUUUCAUAUUACAUUGCUGUUACUAUUCAGGAUAGCAUAUCUCCUUAAUGCACACCUUUAAUAUUUCUCUCAGAGUGGCAUGAAAAGGUAAGAUUUUUUUAGAUAAAUACUUAAUGCUAUUGGACUUUUUAAACUGCAUUGAUAGAAUUUGCUCCAGACAGCAGAAGUAAUAACGGAUUUCAUAAUUAAGAGGAAGCACAAUUCUAUAUAUUUUCCUGUCUUUUUCAGAUGGUUGGAGAAUAAGGCUAAAUGCAUAAUGCCACUGUUGCGGCAAAGUUGUCUGUAGCCCUCUAUCACAAUAUAAUAAACAUAGAUUAGCCUCCUUAUGUUUUUUGGAAAAACAAUUAGGAAUGAAAUAACCUCAUGCUGACAUUUAAGCUGUUGUCAAGUUAACAAACAAUGAACUCAGUAUCUUUUGCUUUAAGGUAUUUUGCAUGCUCUGUAGUGCAUCAUUGCAUCACUAUAUACAGUAAGUUAUUGGUGCUUUAAUAGCUUGCUUAUAAUAAACUUUACCACAGGUUCUAACUACUCAUAGCUUGGCUCGCAACAGUAUAUGCAUACUAUUUU